AAGGGUAGCUGGCAUGGUGUCUCCAGUAACCGUCUUUCUUCCCUCCUCUCCUUUCGCAGGUGUGGACAAGACCAGCAGGUCAGACGUCAGAAGGGAAGUGACCAAUGGCAUCCCGAAGGGGCUGAAACUGGACAGCAUGGAUACGACAGCCGAAAGGAAACAUGGCUCUAGCCCUCAGGGUAGCAGCUCCCUGGCCUGGGCCGCUAACCUGCCUCAGCCUCUGAGGGACUGCGGACUGGAGCUGAGCAGGGAAUCAGCCCGAAAUGUCCCUCAGUCCCAUCUUCCUCAUAAGGUUUCCAGCACCAUCACCCUGCAGGCCACGAGAGUCCAGCCAGAAGCAAGAGCACCCAGCACUCCUCCUGCAGAGGAGGAAAGGAAGAGACCGGCUGCUCUCUGGCCAGCCACCCUCCCCUCCCAGCAGCCUGGCCUUGGAAGCCAGGAAGCCCUAGGGAGGAAGAUUGUCCCCAAGAACUCCCCCACAGAGAGCCAGAGGGAGUCAACAUUCCCCAAAUUUGAGAGCAAGCCCCAGAACCAGGAGGUCAUUGAAGACCAGCCAGUGAAGUUCAAAUGUGAGGUUUCAGGCAUCCCGAAGCCUGAAGUGACCUGGUUCCUGGAUGGUGUCCCUGUGAGGCAACGAGAAGGCAUCCUAGAGCUGAAUGAAGAGGCGGGAUCCCAUUACCUGUGCCUGCUGAAAGCCCGGCUGAGGGACAGUGGGAGGUACAGCUGCACAGCUUCCAAUUCCAGAGGCCAGGUGGCCUGCAGCUGGAACCUCAUGGUGCAGCGGCGGGCCACAAGGGAGGUGGCCCCAUCGUUCUCCAGUGUCCUGAAGGACUGUAGCGUCACUGAAGGCCAGGAUUUUGUGCUGCGGUGUUCGGUACAGGGGGCCCCAGUGCCCCGCAUCACCUGGCUACUCAAUGGGCAGCCCAUUCGGUACGCCCACUCCACAUGCGCGGCUGGCGUAGCUGAGCUUCACAUCCAGGACGCCCUGCCGGAGGACGACGGCACCUACACGUGUCUGGCUGAGAACGCCUUGGGGCAGGUGGCCUGCAGCGCCCGGGUCACUGUCCACGAAAAGAAGAGUGACAGGAAGCGUGAACACCUUCUGCCCGUGGCUCCCAGCAAGCCCAUCGCACCUGUCUUCCUACAGGGCCUCUCGGACCUCAAGGUCAUGGAUGGCAGCCAGGUCACCAUGACAGUCCAGGUGUCAGGGAGUCCGCCCCCCGAGAUCCUCUGGUUGCACAACGGGAAGGAGAUCCAGGAGUCAGAGGACUUCCACUUUGAGCAGAGGGGCACUCGGCACAGCCUGUGCAUCCAGGAGGUGUUCCCCGAGGACACAGGCACCUAUACCUGCGAGGCCUGGAACAGCGCUGGCGAGGUCCGCACCCAGGCUGUGCUCACCGUGCAAGAACCCCAGGAUGGUACGCAGCCCUGGUUCAUCAGCAAGCCUCGCUCCGUGACGGCCUCCCUGGGCCAAAGCGUGCUCAUCUCGUGUGCCAUCGCCGGUGAUCCCUUUCCCAGUGUGCACUGGCUCCGAGACGGCAAAGUGCUCUCCCAGGACACUGGCCACUUCGAGGUGCUGCAGAACGAGGACGUGUUCACCCUAGUCCUGAAGCACGUGCAGCCCUGGCAUGCCGGCUGCUACGAGAUCCUGCUCAAGAACCGAGUUGGUGAGUGCAGCUGCCAGGUGUCUCUGAUGCUACAGAACAGCCCAGCCAGAACCCCCAUGCGGGGGAGGGAGCCUGCCAGCUGUGAGGGCCUCUGCAGCACAGGACUUGAUGCUGAUGGUGGUGGUGGCAAGCGCUAUGGGACCCUGAGGUCCUGGCAGUCAGCAGCAGCAACAGGGCAGGAUUGGCCCGAGAAGGAGGAGGAGGAGGAAGACGGGGAGGACGUACGGGGGCUUCUGAGGAGGCGUGUGGAGCCCAGGCAGUACACAGAGGAGACAAUCCGCCAGCAGGAGGUGGAGCAGCUGGACUUCCGUGAGCUGCUGGGGAAGAAGGUGAGUACCAAGACCCUGUCAGAAGAGGAACUCAAGGAGAUCCCAGCUGAGCAGAUGGAUUUCCGCGCCAACCUGCAGCGGCAGGUGAAGCCCAAGACUGUAUCCGAGGAGGAGAGGAAGGUGCACAGCCCCCAGCAGGUGGACUUCCGCUCGGUGCUGGCCAAGAAGGGGACUCCCAAGACCCCUGUGCCUGAGAAGGCACCAGCUCCAAAACCUGCUACCCCAGAUUUUCGCUCAGUGCUGGGCAGCAAGAAAAAAUUACCCACGGAAAAUGGUGGCAGCGAUGCUGAGACCGCGAAUACCAAGGCAACAGAAAGUCCCAAGCCCGUGGGCAAUGCGCAGCUCUCAGGGUCUCUGAAACCUGUGGGCAGCAACAAACCUGCUGAGACCCUGAAGCCUGUGGGCAGCGCCAAGCCUACUGAGACCCUGAAACCUGUGGGCAAUGCCAAGCCUGCCGAGACCCUGAAACCUGUGGGCAAUGCCAAGCCUGCCGAGACCCUGAAACCUGUGGGCAAUGCCAAGCCUGCCGAGACCCUGAAACCUGUGGGCAAUGCCAAGCCUGCCGAGACCCUGAAACCUGUGGGCAAUGCCAAGCCUGCCGAGACCCUGAAACCUGUGGGCAAUGCCAAGCCUGCCGAGACCCUGAAACCUGUGGGCAAUGCCAAACCUGCUGAGACCCUGAAACCUGUGGGCAAUGCCAAGCCUGCUGAGACCCUGAAACCCGUGGGCAAUGCCAAACCUGCUGAACCCCCCAAACCAGCUGAGAAAGAGGAACUCACAAAGGAGGUCAAGAAUGAUGUGAACUGUAAGCGAGAGAAAGCAGGAGCCACAGAUGGUGAAAAGCCAGCUGAGAGCCAGGGAACAGCCCCGAUCUUCAAGGAGAAGCUGCAGGACAUCCGGCUGGCCGAGGGUGAGAAGCUGCUGCUGCAAUGCCAGGUGUUCUCCGAGCCCCCGGCCACCAUCACCUGGACUCUGAAUGGAAAGACACUCAAGACCACAAAAUUCAUCAUCCUCUCCCAAGAAGGUUCACUGUGCUCCGUCUCCAUUGAGAAGGCACUGCCAGAAGACAGAGGCCUGUACAAAUGUGUAGCCAAGAAUGCUGCAGGCCAGGUGGAGUGUUCCUGCCAGGUCACCGUGGACGAUGCCCCAGCCAGCGAGAAUGCCAAGGCCCCGGAGAUGAAAUCCCGGAGGCCCAAGAGCUCCCUUCCCCCCGUGCUAGGAACAGAGAGUGAUGCCACUGUGAAAAAGAAACCCACUCCCAAGACGCCACCGAAGGCAGCCAUGCCUCCUCAGAUCCUGCAGUUCCCUGAGGACCAGAAGGUGCGCGCAGGGGAGCGUGUGGAGCUCUUUGGGAAGGUGGCAGGCACCCAGCCCCUCACCUGCACCUGGAUGAAGUUCCGCAAACAGAUCCAGGACAGCGAGCACAUCAAGGUGGAGAACAGUGAGGCUGGCAGCAAGCUCACCAUCCUGGCUGCACGCCAGGAGCAUUGCGGCUGCUACACACUGGUAGUGGAGAACAAGCUGGGCAGCAGGCAAGCCCAGGUGAACCUCACUGUCGUGGAUAAGCCAGACCCGCCAGCUGGCACACCGUGCGCCUCUGACAUUCGGAGCUCCUCACUGACCCUGUCCUGGUACGGCUCCUCCUACGACGGAGGCAGUGCAGUGCAGUCCUACAGCGUGGAGAUCUGGGACUCGGUGGACAAGCUGUGGAAGGAAGUUGCCACGUGCCGCAGUACCUCUUUUAACGUGCGCGACCUGCUGUCUGACCGCGAGUACAAAUUCCGUGUGCGUGCUAUCAACGUGUAUGGCACCAGUGAGCCGAGCCAGGAGUCGGAGCUCACGACAGUGGGCGAGAAGCCCGAGGAGCCAAAGGAUGAAGUGGAGGAGGUGUCGGAUGAUGACGAGAAGGAGCCCGAGAUCGAUUACCGGACGGUGACAAUCAACACCGAGCAGAAAGUGUCUGACUUCUAUGACAUCGAAGAGAGACUAGGAUCUGGGAAAUUUGGACAGGUCUUCCGACUGGUAGAAAAGAAAACUGGAAAAAUCUGGGCAGGGAAAUUCUUCAAGGCAUAUUCGGCCAAAGAGAAGGAGGCUAUCCGGGAGGAGAUCGGCAUCAUGAACUGCCUGCACCACCGCAAGCUGGUGCAGUGCGUGGACGCCUUCGAAGAAAAGGCCAACAUCGUCAUGGUCCUGGAGAUCGUGUCGGGGGGCGAGCUGUUCGAGCGCAUCAUCGAUGAGGACUUUGAGCUGACGGAGCGCGAGUGCAUCAAGUACAUGAAGCAGAUCUCAGAGGGGGUAGAGUACAUCCACAAGCAGGGCAUUGUCCACCUGGACCUCAAGCCCGAGAACAUCAUGUGUGUCAACAAGACAGGCACCAGGAUCAAGCUCAUCGACUUUGGCCUGGCCAGGAGGCUGGAGAAUGCAGGGGACCUGAAGGUCCUCUUUGGCACCCCGGAAUUUGUGGCUCCCGAAGUGAUCAACUAUGAGCCCAUCAGCUACGCCACGGACAUGUGGAGUAUCGGAGUCAUCUGCUAUAUCCUGGUCAGCGGGCUCUCCCCCUUCAUGGGGGACAACGACAAUGAGACCUUAGCCAACGUGACCUCCGCCACCUGGGAUUUCGACGAUGAGGCAUUCGAUGAGAUUUCUGAGGACGCCAAGGAUUUCAUCAGCAGCUUGCUGAAGAAAGACAUGAAAAACCGCCUGAACUGCACACAGUGCCUGCAGCACCCGUGGCUCAUGAAGGACACCAAGAACAUGGAGGCCAAGAAGCUCUCUAAGGACCGGAUGAAGAAGUACAUGGCGAGACGGAAAUGGCAGAAAACGGGCAAUGCUGUGAGAGCCAUCGGAAGACUGUCCUCUAUGGCAAUGAUCUCAGGGCUCAGCGGCAGGAAAUCCUCCACGGGAUCACCAACCAGCCCACUCAACACAGAGAAACUUGAAACAGAAGAAGAUGUCUCCCAAGCUUUCCUGGAGGCUGUCGCUGAGGAAAAGCCACACGUGAAGCCAUAUUUCUCUAAGACCAUUCGCGAUCUGGAGGUGGUGGAAGGCAGCGCUGCUCGAUUUGAUUGCAAGAUCGAAGGAUACCCAGACCCUGAGGUCGUCUGGUUUAAAGAUGACCAGUCCAUCCGGGAGUCCCGCCACUUCCAGAUCGACUACGAUGAGGAAGGGAACUGCUCUUUAACCAUCAGCGAAGUCUGCGGGGAUGACGACGCCAAGUACACCUGCAAGGCCGUCAACAGUCUCGGCGAAGCCACUUGCACAGCAGAGCUCAUCGUGGAGACCAUGGAGGAAGGAGAAGGGGAAGGGGAGGAGGAAGAGGAGGAAGAGUGAAACACAGGGGGAAGCAGUUUUUAAGUCAUAGUAAAAGGACUAUUUCUCUAAAGUUCAAACAAACAAAGUAACCAACUCCAGCUAGCAAAGGCACCUAGUGUGGUAAAUUCUCUAGUUAGAUUUUCAUGGGGGGGUGGGGGGCGGUCGGUGAUCGUUCGUUGUUCAGCAGCAGCAGCCAAGACAGAGUAGUAUCUGAAUUAGCUGGUACCUUAGUUAGGAUACUUAUGCAGCAGGAUUUCAUUUAGAACACUUGCCUGAUGAAUUCAUUUUAGAAAGAGAUACUUUCCUGGGGUCCAUCAGAAAUUCCCCCAAUUGAACCCAAUUGUGAAAAAGAAGGCCCAUAGUAAAGAAGGAGUCUGGGCCCUGCAGCCCCUUCCCUCCCGGUUAGCCCAACAGAGGGGUCCCUUCAGAUGGAAGGCCUCUCCUUCUCUCCAUCUCCCUCCGGCCCCCUCACUUCUAGACAGCUGGGUCGUCCUUACCAGGAAUGCUUCCCUUCACUCUGAAAGCAGUUGAGCCAUCCUGAUUUCCAACAUAUGCUUCCCUCCAAAGUAACCUGCAGGCAUUCACAUUUCCCUUACCGCUUCCCUAGAGCACCUGCAGAUUUUUCCGGGUCUGAACUUGUCAGGAGUUUAGGCACUACGGACUUUGGUUCUGCCUCUCAGAUUCUGAAACACAGGCCCCUGCUCUUGGCUGACUCUGGCUUCCUUAGGAAAAUAAGAUCUCUUUUCUUCCAACAUCCGUAGGAAUUUAAACAUACCCUCCCACCCUAUCUUAGCAAAUGCCUGGAAGCUUCAGACAUGUUGGCUAAGUAGCCACGAUGGGGGUUGGAGGGGAGAAAUUCUUGCUAACGUGCUUUUUCUUCUUAAACCAAGAUUCCUGUUUGUGCUGUUACACUGUCAGCUCUGUGGGUGUGGAAGAAACAUGUAUUUCAACGUAGGCACAAUCAGUGGGCUGAAAAGUUAGUCUUCAUUAUUUAUUGGCCACUCUGAAAACAAUGUCAGCUGACGAAGAGCUGUAGAACUCCACGUACUUUGGACUUGCUUUCAGGAGAGUCUGAGUCUAACGCAGCUUCAUUUCGACUCUCCAAAGAGCUCAGCCUGCCUUAUGGGUUCCACUGUUAAUUUUCUUCUUGAAUGUGCCUCUGCCAUGCCUUGCCCCAACCUUGAAUUAUUAUCUUAGGCCUGACAAAUGCACUCAGACUUGCAUCUUUAGGAAUUUUUAAUUUUCACUACAUUGGCACUUAAACUUUUUUCUUUAUAAUUUGCUGAAGGUCAUGAACAAAGAUCAUCAAUUGAUAUGCCUAAUACAUUUCCUCUGUGUGUGUGCGCGUGUGUGUGUGUGUGACAUUCCAAGUAUUUUUUUUUUCUUUUCCACCGUUGGAAGUGACACAGUUUAAUAUUUCAAGGGACUAGUUAUUAGUUCCUUAAGAACCAAUCUGAAAUGAUUUCAGUGCAAUCCUACACAGUAUCAGCAUUAGAAUCUUGAUAUUACUUAGUCUUACAUUAUCUUCUAUUUUUAUCUGCUUUGUGCUGCUAGUGUCAAAUUGCCAGUAUUUUUUUUCUUUUCUGCUUUUUAAAGUUAUGCUAUUUUUUCAUAAUAGCCACAGUAUUGCCACCAUUUAUUAUAAUAAAGGAUUUUAAUUUGACUUAGAGCAAAUGUUUUUUUCAUCACUUAAACAUGUUUAGACUAUAAACUUUGUGGGCGUGUAUGUCCCGUGUGUGUGUGUGUGUGUGUGACAUAUAUGCGUGUUUACAGGUUAACGCUUUUUUGAAAUUGUGUCCAUGUUCUCCUGUUUAUUAUGCCGUCAGAAUGGUAGAUGAGAACACUAUGACUGUAGCUAGUGCACUAUUUUUAAAUAAAGGAUUACCACAGCG